UUGAAAACUAUUGUCCACAAUGUCAAACUAAUGGGAGACAUGGUCCAGCUUGCAGCCUUCACUGCAGUGAAGGAUGCGUACAAGAGAAGUGUGAUCGUUGGACUGGUGUCUGUGAGAGGUGUAAAACUGGCUAUUAUGGAGAGAGAUGUAUCAAAUGUGUAAACUGUGAUGUCUGUGAUGACGAAGGUGUAUGCAAUGGUAGCUGUCACCAAGGGUGGUUUGGAAGCGUUUGUGAUGUCAUGUGUCCCGGUAAUUGCAACGGAAUGUGACAGGUCUACUGGACAAUGCUAUCAAUGUCCAGAAGGAUAUUCUGGUAGAUACUGCACUGAACCCUGUCCCACAACAUGUAGGAGUAUAUCUUGUCAACGAGAUGGCACGUGUUCUGAAGGAUGUAAGGAUGGUUUCUAUGGAGACAAGUGCUCAAAACCAUGCAGCACCCACUGUUUAAACGAACGUUGUCACCAAACUAACGGAUCGUGUGCAAAGGGUUGCAGCAGGCUCGAUGUGUACGGUCCUUUCUGUAACUAUACUUGUAAUGGUAACUGCGAGUCUGUGCGAUGUCAGAGGGAUGCGUCUGGUGAUGUUCUGUGUAGUGCUGAAUGCAUCAGUGGUAAAAUGGGAGACCAAUGUAUACAAGACUGCCCUGCGUAUUGUCACGGAUCAUGCGAUCAAACAUCUGGUAGGUGUUUAAACUUAUGUAGGUCUGGUUACCAUGGAAACGACUGCUCUGAAAGGUGCCCUGUUAACUGUCUCACGGACAACUGUAUCCGGGUCUAUGGCACCUGCACCUAUGGCUGCAAACCUUCUUUCUAUGGAGCCACGUGUUCUAAGCGCUGCAGUAAGAACUGUAGGAAAUCAAGGUGCCAUAUGGAUCCAGGACUACCCUGCGAGGAUGGAUGUGUUGGUGGGUGGAGAGGAAACUACUGUAAACAGACGUGUCAAGAAAAUUGUUCUGUUUGUGACCAACACUCUGGAAGAUGUAGUGGGUGCGUGGAGGGGCUCUAUGGGGAGAACUGCGAUAGUAUUUGUCCUGAUGGGUGCUCUCUGUGUAAUCAGGUCACUGGAACAUGUAUGGCGCCCGGAGCUGAAGGUCAAAGGAAAAGCAUUGAUGGAAUGUAUAUGAACAUCACGAAACCUAACUUUGUGCUCCUGUGUUUGAUCGUGUCAGUCAUCAUUAUGAUUCUUGUUGGGGUUAAUGUUGGGGUUAUUGUGCACCUGAUAUGCAGGCGGCCGGCAUCCGAAAAAACAUCUUCUGAAGCACAUUCAUUGACAACCAUCCACUCAACUUCUCACAGUUAUGACACGAUUGACCAUAGUAGACCAGCAACGGAUUACGAAAGACUUCCGAUGAGCAUUGAAAGCUCCAUGGUGUCACUAGAGGUACCCUCUCAAGGAGGAGUAUUUGAUGACGUCGAGGAACGUCAGUGGCUCAAAUGCAAUGGUCACGCAACAGAUGGCAGUGACAGAUCUACGUCAUCGCUUUAUUUGCAUCCAGCUCAACCUGGCGAAUCUCUGUAGGAUUAAGGGGAAACCUUACUAUCGCAUGCAGCGCCACUAUAUUGAGCAGCGGUAGACUCGUAAACUGGCCGCGCGACAGUGGCGUGACGUCACUAAGGAUAAGGUUAGCACUGAAACAUGCAGAUGUUACGUAACGCAAUACAGUCCGUCUAUAUCGGCUAAUAACCAUAGUGUGUUUUUAGUUUUUACAACAUGUUGUUUUUCAUAUAUAAUUUGUGUUAUAAAAUUAUAUCAAAAGUUGUAUGAUUAGGCAAACUGAUGUACUUCCACGUUCGUCCUAAAAUGGACAGCAAAUACCGUAAUUAUCACAGGACUGUCAUUUUGGCUUCGUAUUCAAUAACAUAUCCUGGUAGUGCACUAUGUUUUCUUAUUGCUAAAAGUAAAACAUAGGUGGCAUGAAUUUUAAUGUAUUUGCUAAGCUCUGCGAUAACUUACUUCUACCGAUUAUUACUUAUGGAGCAUCGGUUUGGGGAACUAAUGUAUAUUCUUGUAUUGGGGCUGUUCAAAAUAGAGCUUGUCGGCUUUUUCUAAGUGUGGGGAAGUAUACCUCUAUUGAUGCAGUGCUUGGGGAUAUGGGUUUGGAUGCCUGUGUUUCUGUCACAGAGGAAGCCUGUGUUAUAGCAGUGGUACAGAUUAACCAAAGUGAAUAUUUAUAGACUCAAUAAGGUUUUCAAUUGGGCUGAGAAAGUGUUCUGUUCGUUCCAAAACUGAAACAAACAUUUUAAAUGUGAAUAUUUUACUGAAUUUUAUGUGUCAACUCUUUUGCCAGCAAUGCAUAGAAUUUCUAUUUCCAAAUUUAGAUGUGGCGUUGCACAUUUAAGGAUAGAAAUUGGUAGAUAUGAAAGCCUACCAUUAGAGGAACGAACAUGUACUAUGUGUAAUGAAGUGUCCUCUUUAUGAUGAUCUUAAAUAUCCGCUGUUUUUAAAAGCUAGUUUUUAAUUAAUGAUUUUCAUCAAAUGUCGGAAGAAGACAAAUUUUAUGUGGUUUUUUUUUUAGCGAUUCACGUAUGUCUCUUUU